AUGGGUCAACACCACCAGCUCUUCGUCAUCGCCAAGGCCGGCAGGCACUAUCGCUCGCUGGCCGCCGUCCAUCACCAGUGGCUCUACGGCAUGACCGCACUUCGCCAGUGUCUGCAGCUCCUCGAAAUCUUCGGCCACAGCGAGAACCGCCUCGCCUUGCAGCAGGAACUCCGGUUCGCAGAAGCUUACUACCGCAACAAGGGUGCCCCCUCCCAGCAGCCGCCAGAGCUGCAAUGGGCUGACAGAGGCGGUAUCUGCCCGUUCCCCUUCAUCACCACCUGUUUGAUGAUGGGCACUUCUUUCAACCAAGAGUUGGCCCAGGCCAGUGCUGUCCACGAGGAGCCCUUCGGAAUGGGUUUCGAUCAGGGUGACAACAACGACGGCAUCACGGUCAUCGACAUCACCGAUUUGGAGAAUGUCAAGUACUGCUUCGUCAACUUUACGGAUGACUACCAACAAGAAGGAGAGACUCAUAGUCCUCUAUAUCAGCCCUUAACAGGCUGGCAAUAUGUCAAGACUUACUACCCCGAGGAUGACCCUAUGACCCAAACCCACAUCCACUUGCCCAAGACCCUAGAUACGAAACCUCUUAUCAACAUUGCAACUCUUGCGGAAACAUGGCCGUGGGGCAAAUGGGAAGUGCGUGAUGCUGUCCCGAGCGAUACAAACCAGCCUGAAGAUCAUCCAGUUGUGCAGAGUUUGGUGGACAAGAGCAUGGACAAGAUCGUAGAGGCACUGCUUGUCUCAACUGACAUGAGCGAAUUCAAUGCAGCCAAAGAUCAGAUUGAGGCGCUCCCCAACUCCGUUGCCAUCCUCAAAAAGACCCUCCUCGGCCGGGCGGACCAAGUUGGCAAAACUCCUCAUUCGGUUUUGCUCCUGAGACUCGCCUACACUGGCGAAACUCACCUCGACUGGGCGCCUUUCACUAAUCUUGAUAUUGCUGACCUAAGGACUGCCUUCGAAGCCGGUUCCUUCGCGUCUGUCAAGUCACUGAAUCUCUCUGGCACCUUGGCCUCCCGCUCACCAUCCGAGCUACCACCUGUGCUCGCAGGUUUGACUUGUUUGAAGUCACUGUACUUGCUGGAGAGACCCGAUCGGCCCUAUGACGAUGAAGCCCCCCAGGCCGUUCUCGGCCUCGCAUCUUCGGAUACAGGUCUCGUGUUGGAGAAGGUGGUCGUGUCUGCGGUCAUGUCGAUUGCCAUUCGCCUCAAAACGUGGCUCCCUGACACAAAUGAUGCACCCGAUGCAAUCCCGGGAUUUCCGAUUGCACAACUUCUAGUCUACCAUAAGAAUGAUGCUAUUGAUGUCUACGGGCAAGUGGCACCCUAUGAGUACUUCUUUCUCGGGGAUGCUCUCAUCAGUCCUGCCCGAUUCGUCAAUGCUUUGUUGCGCUAUGUACAGACCCUAAACUCACAGAGGUACAUAAUGGCGAGCGGUUCUGGAUCCGAGUUGGCCGCUUGCAUUGCUUUGGGCUCCUCAGUUCCCGGCAACAAGGACAUAGGCGAGAUCGGCCCUCUCCCCGCCCAAGCCUACAAGUUUGGCAAGAACAGUUACCACAGCAGCCUUUCUCACGGCUGCUACUCUGAAAUGCGAAAUCUCAAGCCCGGACAGUGGACAGUUUUGCUGGGCAGGAAUGCAGCCCCUGAGGGAUUCCAGGCGCCUGCCGACAAGGGCUUCGAGUAUGCUUUUGUCCGUUGCAAAUCCGACAUUAAGGUGCGAAAACCCGAGGAAGGGGAGCGUGACGAGGUUAUGGCAGACAACCUUGAAGUAUACAGCUUGCAAGACUUCCUUGCUGAGGCAGCCCCAAGCUCCGGCUCUACGAGUUUGGAACCUCUUAUCAACCAGCUCCGCUUUCAAGUUGGAAACACUGGUCAGCUGCCCUCGAAUGACGACGUGCUUCGGUGCAUGAAUGCCGCGCAAUCUCGAGACUUGCUGGUCAAGUUCAUGGAUAACAUUCCUACGAUGGACUUGGUGAAGGAACGCGCACGCAUGUAUCAUUAA